GUAACCGACACGUCGCAUACCCUGUUACUAUAAAGUUCAGUGAUGUUUCACAGCUGACAUAACAACGCACAAAAGCAGGGUAUCAGUAUCAGUGGAGAGGUUGGAAGCGAACGGAUAAACUCCAUCGGGCGGCAGUCUUUCCCGACGACUCUUUUGAGCAAGAUGUGCAGGGGUUUGAGCAUGUGCUGUGGCAUCCUAUCACUCGCCGCCUUCAUCUCCUGCUUUGUGACCCUUCACAUGCUCAACAAGAUCAUUCACAUCCAGCUGGAGGCCGCCGUUCAGGUGAGCCUCAAAAUGGAAGCGGACGAAGUCAGCGGAGCUCGCUGUCACAAAACCGUGAUAGUGGACAAUCUGGAUGCACCGCAUCUUAGCUGGCUGGAGCUGUUCUACGCCCGGUGGACAGUGGUUUUCACGCUGCUCUACUCCUUCGCGGCCAUGCUGCUCAUCCGGGCCAAGUAUUUGAACAACGUGGACAUCAACAUGACCACCUCCAAUGCGAUGAUACUGAUGGGUUCCUUGCUGUCGGCGGUGCUGCUGGUGGUCACGGUGGUCCUCGAUCAGCGGGAGCCAUUCGUGGAUCUGUGGUGCAACCACUUCAUUGUGUACCACUUCUACUUCAUCGCCUUCACCACCGCAAUGUCGGUGGUUUUCUUUUUGGCCCACUCCUGCCAGGAUUUGCUUAACCUGCCGCACUUGCAUCCAGAUCGUGGCAUGCGUUUCUGAAUGGCAUUCAUUUAAAACAUCAAGAUAAGGAUUUGAAAAAUAUAUGCGACAAGAAUACAACUUCCUAAGAUAAUUAGUGAAUUGUUUUAAUGAUAAUUCAUUGGUACAAACCAUUACGAAUAUGAUAAUGGUGUUGUGAGUUCGAUCCCAUUGCAUAUAACUAACUGAAAUUAGAAUUAAACUCCUUUAUUAAAUUCCCCAUAAGUGACGCCUAAAAUUGGAGCUGUAACCUUAUCAUUGAAAAAUGCGCUUGCGUUUUAUGUAAUUUGAUUUUAUUCAAACAAUUUGCUUUCAUUUGGUUGGUUGUUUGUUUUCUUAUUUUUUGUUUGUUUGUUUGUCGUAUAUUUGAGUGUUGACUGCAGUUCAGGAAAGGCAUUUUCACGUUCCUCGAAUUUUGCUUUUGCUUAUUUCGCGUUUGAUUUCGAAACUAGGGGCUAAACGUUAAACUAAAUACAUCGAAUGAGUUUGUUGUUGUCGUUCGUGUUUGUGUGUGGCCGCCAUUUGUUUAAUUAUUAAUAACCGACCGUUUUUCUCGCAAUCGCCAUUCGAAAACGCCACUUCUGGAGGCCCAAAAGCGGACGUUUCCAAAAGUCCUGAUUCCGAAAACAAGCGAGGUCAAUAUAAUUUAUUGCUUAAGAUGUGAAGAUGCGGCAAACAUUCUCAAAACCACGGAUUACCUUCCUCCCUCUCACUUCUCACUUUUCUCUAUAUAUAUAAUAUAUAUAUAUGUAUAUAUAUAGUUAUAUAUAUGUAUACAUAUCCUUUGUGUAUAAAUUUAACUUGAAGUUUUUGUUUUCGCUUGCAACUUAUGAACUUACGAACUAGUUUCAGGGAUUAGGGGGGAACUAUAAAUCUUAGUGGGUAUAAGUUAGCCAGUUAGUUGGUAAUUGAUUUAUCAUACGGUAGUUCUAAUUACUCCAAUUCUCCUCGCCUUAACAUAGACUUUCUUUCUUUCAUUUGUUUGUAGACUCGCCCUCCGAAUUAACCAUCGAUAUCUGGCGGAUUUGGGGGCUAGCACGUUUUGGUAAGGUAAUUUCAUCUUGCUUUUCGUACUGGAGGAUGCGGCACCUUUAAGGUCCGAUCUGGCCUGACUCCUGACUCCUGACUCGAUCUCCGCUAGCGAAAACUCCUCAUCUCUUCUCUUCUCAUCACUUAGGAUCUAAUAAAUAAAUGUUUCUUGGUUUUGUUUUCCAUGUGUUUUUGUGUGUGGUUUGGGUUUUUGUCGUUUAGAAUUCUUGUUUUUUUUUUGUUUGUUUCUCUGGUUUCAAAUAAAUGUUUAUUCAUUCCGUUUGUUCUCUGCUUAAUGCAAAGCUUACUCGCCAUCAUCAUCUAUCAGUUAUUUAUUUAUUAUGUUUGUAUAUAAUUAAUUGUUGGUAUAAUGCAGUCUUUACGGCAAAACAAAAACAGAAGAAUUAUGCUAUUUGAUUUCUCAAUUUGUUUUUCUUAGUUAUCAUCAUCGAUACAUGCAUCAUUUCAUUGUUCUCAUUAAAUACAUAAUAAUCAAAAAUAUAUCUGUAUUCUAUGUUAAUAUUUAGUUUUGCUUUUUUAAAGUUCAUGAAACCAAAUACACUUAUUUAGGCCUUUCGAUCGAUCAUCUGUCUGUCUGUCUGUUGGUUGUUGGUUGGUUGUUCUCGUUUUUUUUUAACAAAAAGUAAAGUGUGAAGUACAAGGUUCAUAUAAUUGAAGCAAUUUACACUCGUUCGUUUUAAAUAAAUUACUUCGCAUUUAAAUGGUUAUGCGUUUGCAUUUGCAUUUGCUUUUGCUUUUGUUUUUCUUUUCGAAGGCAGUUAGACGUGAAGACAUUACUCUAUUGUUGGUUUCUUGCUUUCGUUUGUUUGUGAUUUGUUAACAACUAUUUUAUGUACAUUUCGAUUACAUUUAGUUUCUCUUUAGGUUCUUUUAGAUUUUUAGAUUGCUAUAUGCAUUUUGGCUUAACAUUUAGUAUUCCGUUUCUCAACUAACUUACACCUAGGGCUUAGUGGCUAGUUAAUUUUGCAAUUGUAACACGUUCGGGUCUACAUUCGACCUAUCCACAUUCGCAUACACAAAAAAUACAUUUCGGCUCCGAUCUGUUCAAUAUCCAUCUUCUAUCUUUCUCUUACUCUUUCCCUAUACCUAAACCUAUCUCUUUCCCUUCCGCGCUAGUUAUUUGUUCCCUAAAGGCAUUUCCAUUUCUCGAUUUUGUUUACAUGCAAAUCAAAAUUAAAUAUGUUUUAGAAGUACAUGCUGUGUUUUAAAAGAAAGUCGUUGAUAUUUCCCACUUACAUAUUCCCCUUUUAUAAUUUCAUUUCAUUUUUUUUUUUCUUUUGUUUAGCUAUUUUGAUUAUGCAUAAGUUGAACGAUAUGAAAGUUGGAUUUAUGUUUAGCACAAAAAGAAA